AUGAGGCCACUCACCGAUGUCGAGACACAGACUCUCUUCACCAAACUGGCAAACUACACUGGCCGCUCCCUGACCCAACUCAUUGCCCCGAGCGACUCCUCCGACAACGACGGCCGCUAUGUCUUCCGCCUGCAUGAAUCGCGCGUCUACUAUGUCCGUCUCUCGAUCGCAAAUCUAGCCACCUCCAUUGCUCGUGACAACCUCCUCUCCCUCGGCACUUGCAUUGGAAAAUUUACCAAGACAGGCAAAUUCCGCCUGCACAUCACCGCCUUGGAUGUUAUUGCUCCGCACGCUCGUUACAAGCUAUGGAUCAAGCCGAAUGGCGAAAUGCCGUUUUUGUAUGGCGGGAACGUUGUAAAAGCCCAUGUGGGCCGCUGGAGCGAGGACUGCCCCGAGCAUUCGGGCGUCGUUAUUCUCGCAAUGGACGAUACCCCUCUGGGCUUCGGCGUUACUGCAAGGAGCACGGCAGAGGCAAGAAAGCUGGAGCCUACCAGCAUUGUCGCGUUCCGGCAGGGUGAUGUUGGCGAGUAUCUGAGGGAGGAGGAUACUUUGUUCACGACUUGA